AGGUGAGAGAAGGGCCUUCCACGCGAUUCGCUCUCGAACUUCAGCCUCAAGGGAACCGAGGGAGCGAAAAGGUUGCUCAAAGUGAUAAAGGACACCUGCAGUCGCAAACUAUAGAGCUGCGUGACCCAAUCUAGGUGAGAGGAGGGGCUUGGGGCCUCUUCCGCACGAAUAGUGUUCCAUUCAACACCUUCCUACGUGAUGCAACUUUAUAGCGCAAAAAGUGAAAAUACAAGGGAGCAAAAAGCAGCCCUGCUGAACCGAGAGCCCGAACCUCGAGAGUCUACAUCUGGCGUCUUAAAGCCCCGACCGCAGACUGUGGAAUCAGAAAAGUUCCCAUCCCGGCUUUGCGGUGACUCGGGAGCGGCGCUUCCGGAGACGGGAGGAAAAGACCCUUGCAAGAGGCCGCCGGGAGUCGGCCCCGGAGAAGGCCCGCCCCCAGCCCGCCUCCUUGGAGGGGACCGGAAACACCCAGCCUGGCCCGGAAGUAGUAUUGAUUUGGUACACGCGAGCCGAGGCAUGGCUGCUCAUCGCUCCGGUCCGCUGAAGCAGCUCAAUAAAGCUCAUAAAGGCGGGCGGCAUCGGGGUCGGGGAUCUGCACAGCGGGACGGCAAGGGCCGUCUAGCGCCGAAAAUCCUAAGCAAGAAGGUGAGAAAAGAACUCAGCAGGGUAGACCAGAGGCAUCGCGCCAGCCAGCUCCGAAAGCAGAAGAAGGAGGCGGUUCUGGCAGAGAAGAGACAGUUGGGCAGCAAGGAUGGCCCUCCUCAUCACGUGCUGGUGGUCCCCCUGCACGAGAAGAUAUCCCUGCCAGAGGCCUUUCGGCUCCUUCAGGAUAGGGACACUGGAACAGUACACAUGCAUGAGUGGGGAAGCUCCCAUAGCUUUAUGCUGCUAUGCCCCCGCUUGAAACAUCGGUGGUUUUUCACAUCUGCAAGGCCAGGGGAUCUGCACACUUUGUUAGACAUGGGUAAAGUAGCUGAUACCAUCCUGUUCCUCCUUGAUCCACUAGAAGGCUGGGACAGCACCGGGGAUUACUGCCUUUCCUGCCUCUUUGCUCAGGGCCUUCCUACCUAUACAUUAGCUGUUCAGGGGGUUUCUGGCCUCCCACUAAAGAACCAAAUAGAUGCCCGAAAGAAGCUAAGCAAAGCAGUGGAGAAGCGCUUCCCAAAUGACAAACUCCUCCUGUUAGAUACCCAACAGGAGGCAGCGAUCCUGCUCAGGCAGUUGGCUAACCAGAAGCAGCGACAUCUUGCUUUUCGCGAUCGGAGGGCCUACCUGUUUGCCCAUGCUGCUGAUUUUGUGCCUUGUGAAGAGAAUAACUUGUUGGGCACUUUGAAAAUUUCAGGCUAUGUUCGUGGGCGGACUCUAAAUGUAAAUAGCUUGCUGCAUAUCACUGGACAUGGUGAUUUCCAGAUGAAACAGAUAGAUGCCCCCGUGGACCCUUUCCCUUUAAAUCCUAGAGUAAUUAAAUCCCAAAAGGACCCAGGCAUGGCAAUGGAGAUUUGUGCUGCAGAUACUGUAGAUGAUAUGGAAGAUGAUCUUAAGGUCCUAAUGAAGGCAGACCCUGAUAGACAGGAAUCCUUGCAAACAGAGGUUAUCCCAGAUCCAAUGGAAGGGGAGCAAACCUGGCCCACUGAGGAUGAGCUGAGUGAGGCAAAUGAUUUCUUGAAGGAAAGUUCCAAAGUGGUAAAGAAGGUCCCCAAAGGAACAUCCAGUUACCAAGCUGAAUGGAUUUUGGAUGAAGAUGGCCAAAGUGAUGGGGAAGGAGAUGAAUAUGAUGAUUUAGAACAUGAGGAUUUUAUGGGAGAGGAAUCUCAGGAUGAGAGUAGUGAAGAGGAAGAAGAGGAAUGUGAAACUAUGACUAUAGGAGAGUCUAUGUGUGAUGAUCUAUAUGAUGAGAAAGUAGAUGAAGAGGCGGAGGAAAAAAUGUUGGAGAAAUAUAAGCAAGAAAGACUGGAAGAGAUGUUUCCAGAUGAAGUGGAUACCCCCCGUGACAUGCCUGCUAGAAUUCAAUUUCAAAAAUACAGAGGCCUCAAAAGCUUCCGGACGUCUCCAUGGGAUCCUAAGGAAAACCUUCCUCAAGAUUAUGCCCGGAUCUUUCAGUUUCAGAGCUUUACUAGUACUAGGAAAAGCAUCUUUAAAGAGAUUGAGGAAAAAGAGGUUGAAGGAGCUGAGGUUGGCUGGUAUGUCACAAUUCAUGUCUCUGAAGUCCCUGUCUCAGUGGUUGAGUGCUUCAGGCAAGGAGCACCCUUGAUUGCAUUUUCUUUACUACCUCAUGAACAGAAGAUGUCAGUAUUGAAUAUGGUAGUGAGGCGAGACUUGGGCAACACUGAACCUGUGAAAGCCAAAGAAGAGCUGAUCUUCCAUUGUGGAUUCAGGCGCUUCCGAGCCUCUCCUUUAUUCUCUCAGCACACUGCAGCGGACAAACAUAAAUUUCAGAGAUUCCUGACUGCUGACACAGCUCUAGUGGUGACAGUAUAUGCUCCAAUCACUUUUCCUCCUGCAUCUGUGCUGCUUUUCAAGCAGAAAAGCAAUGGAAUGCACAACCUCAUUGCUACAGGCUGUCUUUUGUCAGUGGAUCCAGACAGAAUGGUCAUCAAGAGAGUUGUUCUGAGUGGUCAUCCUUUCAAAAUUUUUACUAAGAUGGCAGUAGUACGAUAUAUGUUCUUCAACAGAGAGGAUGUGCUGUGGUUUAAACCGGUGGAACUAAGAACAAAGUGGGGCCGCAGAGGACACAUCAAGGAGCCUUUAGGUACCCAUGGCCACAUGAAGUGCAGCUUUGAUGGGAAGUUGAAAUCUCAGGACACAGUACUGAUGAAUCUCUAUAAACGAGUUUUCCCCAAAUGGACUUAUGAUCCAUAUGUACCAGAACCAGUACCCUGGGUGAAAAAUGAGGUCUCUUCAACAGUGUCUCAAGUGAGCAUGGAGUAAUGAAUUCAGAGAGAUUGUUUUACUGCUGCCAGUUAGCACUCUAGCCAUGGGUACUUACAGGUUGUGAUUGGGCAGUUUGUUUUCUACUUAGCACGUCAGUCUGCUGCCCUAUUUUGCAAGACUUCUUGGCCUUGCACAAGGUGUCUCUGUUAAGUAUGAAAGUUUUUAUGCUAACCUUCGUCCAAAACUCUAUUAAAUCUUAUUGAAAUAUCCACUCUC